CACAUCAUGAAGGGGUGAGUUGGGAUCGGAGCCGGAGGAGCGGACUUCAUCUGCUCGUUGUUGAUGUUUGGGUCCCCUUCACCGUGUCACUUUUUAAAUCCCAUCAUUCACCGGCCCCCUCCAAACAUUCUUGGCCACGGUCAUCCCAUCUCUCGCGGGGGAGAGACAUGAAGAGAUCUGUGUGGAAAAUAGAAAAAAACAAAGAGUAGAUGACACUCAAAGUAAUUUAGAAAUAUUAUAAAAAGGCGGGGAAGUGACACUACAGAAAGUCGCAAGAAAGAAGGAUGCGACGGAUCCCUCAAUUUGACGGUGGAUACGAUCAGGACGACGACUACGCAGAAGAGGAGGAGGAAGGAUCUGUGUCGUCGUCCGACUAUUCUUCCGCGGACAGAACAGAAUCAGAGGACGACGAGGAGGAGAAAAAUGUGAGGACUGGAAAGAGAAAUUCACAACGUCUUCGACAAUACAUCGAAAUGAGUGUACACCACGAGAAGGAAGACACAAACAAUGAGCAAGCAACCAGACGCAAAAGUCCUCAACAGCACACAAUAAAAGAAAAAACAAAGAAGAGUACAAAUCCCCAAGAAACAUUUUAUACUUCACAACAAUUAGAAGUAAUGGCUGAGAAGGAGAAACCGAAGCGGAAGCGAGGUCGACCGCCCAAGGAAAAUAAAGAUACUACUUUAGUCCCUUCUAAAAUUCAUAGGGGCAGAGGGCGACCACCAACAGUGAAAAAGGGGGCAACAGGGACAACAAAGUCACAAGAGAUAACUAAAUCACCAACAAUACAUCAGAAUUUACUACUUCCGCCGCCGGCCCCGAAUCAUCAUCGCCAUCGCCAUUAUGAUUCCAACUCUUCCAUGUCAAUUGCUACCUGCCUCAAGUGCAGGAAACCGUUUGAAACUGGAGAUGCUCUAAAAAACCAUGCCUUUUGGUGUGAUAACUCUACAAGAAUGACGAGGAGCAAGAGGACAGGGUCAACCUCGUCAUCCUCAUCUCUAAGUGUAAAAAGAGUGUCAAAACCAAACAAGGAGCCAAAAUCGAAGAACGAUAAACCCGAUACCGGUACGUCAGUCGUGGUGACAAAACAUCGGGGUCGGCCGUCAAAGGUGAACUUGGAUAAUGUGGUGUCGAAAGCAGGCCUAUAUGAACAAGGGAAACAACUACCUGAUCUAAGCAAUAAACCAAUGAUACGCACCCAUAUUGUCGACGUUGAAGCCAAAGUUAGUUUGGUGACGACUCGGGUUGGACACGAUUUGAAUGGAGGAAGUAAUUUAUCAGUAGAACUGAAAGAAACUGAAACUAGUAUCGCUGAUGACGAUGACGACCCAGUUGUUUGCCCCAAGUGUCAUGCGAGGUACCGUAAAUUAGUCAGCCUCCAGAACCAUAUGCCCACUUGCGUCGGAAGUGAAAGUAGUGAAGAGGAGGGAGAAGAACCAGAGAGUGAUGAUGACAGCUGUAAUGCGGUACUUGAGCAGAAGUUUGAAAAUAAUUCCGCUAAGGUUGAAGAAACUGGUGAAACAGAAACCCCGAUGGAAAGACUAUCACACCCUCUUCGUCUGGUGUUACCACCUGCACCUGUAACAUUAGAUGGAAGGGAAAAUAGGCCGUCGCCGCAGAUAAGAUAUGAGCAUCAGUCACCUUGUCAGGAUACAAACACGUUUCGAAUUCAGAAUGGAAUUCAACAACAGAAAACUGGGGAGCCCUACGAGUCAACCCCAGUUUUACCACCUCUUCCUCACCAAACAAUACCCUUACAAGACCACGUGUACCCACCACUUAAUCUCCCUCAGUACGACGGCACUCAACAAUACCAGCGUGUGGAACAACAACAAACGCAGCAGCAGCAACAUUCCUCUCCUCAAAUCCAACUUCAGCAACAUGAGAUGAGCACGAUCCUUCAAGAUACAGUCACAGGUCAAUUGUUUCGUGUCAACAUUCCAAUUCCUUUUCACCAAACUCAUCAACCUGUCACCUUUACCUUUCCCCAGCACCAGUUGCAGGGACAACAAGUCAACGUCCAACAGAGUCAUGGGGGUCAUCAUCCAGCUCCCCAACCGUCAGCAGCCGCUGAGGUGACGGCAAGUAUGUCUCAAAUUGACCUACAACAACAGCUACUUCAUCAUAGUCGUAAUAUUGAUGCCAUGAUUCAACCACCACUAACGGUAGUCCCCUCAAACAGUGUAGCUUCUCCUCACUACCCUCUCCAAUUCCAAAACUCGACCCAACAAUUGAACUCUUUCCAAAUUAAAACAACUCAACAACCACAAGUAAUGUCACCUCCUCUACCUAGCCACCAAAUUCUACAUCCAAGCAUUCCACCCCACACCUCUCAAUCCCAGGGCAUGGAUUAUCACAACCCUCAACAUAAGGGUCAUCGCUCGCAUUCCUCAACUAUUGCGGGAACCUUCCCCUUCGUCCAACGAGAACGACCCUGUUCACAACAGAAUCAUAAUGAGUAUAUCCCAAAGCAACAACCACAAAUAUCAGCACAAUUCCAACAACAUCCGCUUGGUCAGUUACAUGGUUCUUCCAAUAACACUGAUGAAUUUGUUUCAGUAUCCGCUCAACCAUUGUUCCAGUCAUGUUCUUCUUCUCCAAGUUCUAGUUCCGUGGCUUGUUUGUCUGGGGCAGUUGAGCCGAACAUUGGAGUUUUAUCAUCAUCUAGCCCCCUUUAUGUGGCCCCCAGAUCACUCCAGUACCACGACGCUGAACCACGUUUGCCCCACCCACACCUACCCCAACAUCAGCACCCACCACAGCUUAGUCUCAACCAACAGUUACAAUUGGCACAACAAAAUGCUUUUCAUCGGACGCAGGUACAACAACUGUACCACAAUGAACUUGUUCAAAAGCAUCUCAAUCUGAAGUCGAUUGGUCAGCCGUCGUCCCAGUCGUCGCCGCCCUCUUCGCCCAACGUUUUUCUACCCUCUCAACAACAACCUCUCCAGCUAAGUUAUCAGAAGAAUCAACAACAGCAACCUUCUGUACCCACCCAUUCAAACCAACUGGAACAAAAUGGUUCUAUCCUCUCACCAUCAGUGGCCAGUGAGUUGCAAUACCCCUCAUUCAGGACUACCUCACCCACCUUCUCGACGAGGCAAAGCAGCCAAAUUACUGAAAACCAUGAAAAAAUUGCCCAGCCCCAACUCCUCAACGCAUCCCAAGUUCAAGUGCAUCACCAUCAAACGGCUGCACUAUUACACCAUCAACAGCAGCAAGUCCAACAAAACGCAAUGUUGGAAUCCUUGCAGAGGCAGAUUCAACUGCAAACCAUGGGUCAGUGCAUAGGCCCACAAGUUUCCCAUCAUGACCUAUCCGCUUCGCCGCAGCUCAAUCCACCCAGCCAAGUCACCACCAUGGCCUUCCAACUGCAACAAUUUCCAUCGGGCGGAAUCGUGCUCCAACCACAGCUGCCUCACCACCACGGGAUGGAAAAGUAUAGAAAGGUCCUCCCUGCUACUUCGUCCCAUGUUCCUAGACCUAUCGAGCCUAAACCAGCCCCACAGGUGGUGGAAGAGGCCACAACUUGUUCCCAAAGCAAGCUCGGCAGUGUCAAAUCUCAGCUGGCGAAUAUGAUUUUGGAGAAGAGUCAGAAUCAAUUUCUUCGCAAAAAUCAAUCUGAAGUCCAUCUUAGUGGCUUCCAGGAUCAGCAUUUGAAACAAAUUCCACCCAAUCUGCGCAAGAAUCCCAUUUUGACAGCAGUGGUUCGUCCCAUGGAACAUCCUCUCCAAAAAUUAUCUCAUCAAAUUUCUCAGAUUGAGUCGACCUUCAACAGUUUGAGUGGAGGUACUGUCAGUACCUUUGCAUCUCAAUCUGUUGACACGCUUCAAGGAUUCUUAAAUCCGAAUAAUAAUACUCACCACACUGCCACCCCCACGACUACCACCUUUAAUAACACUCCCCCUUGUGGCACACUUGGGAUUCAGAAGGAAGAUACAGAGGGAACUUUGGAACCAGCAGCCCGUCUACACCACUCAUGGGAUAACGGCCAAGGUGCAGUUCAUCGUCCGCGACAGAAAAAGAAGGCCAACACCGCCGCCCUUGCAACCUCACACUCCUCGCCGGCCAAAUGUGCCACGAGUCCUCCUAAACCUAUACAGCUCACUCUCAAACGGAAUGAACGGGGAGGUUCCUAUUCAGUGAAGCACAUUAGUGAGACGAGCAAGUCGGAGGCCAAGUCCAAGUUCAAGAGUUUGAAGAUUACGGCCCGCAUCACUUCCGGGGAGUUGGAAGGGACAAUGACGAAUGUGGUGGUAGAGCCCAAGAUUCACAUCAUUCCCACACCAGACCCGGAUGGGGACGAACUGGACUCGAAUCUUACCAUUCCUGAGGGUGGGGAAGGAUCAAGUUCCGUCAUUCCGAGUAUUCCUGUAGACUUUGCAGUGCACGAGGACACGCCCAAAUUGGCCUACCGAGCUGUCGUCGUGUACGAAGUGUCGCAUGGGAGCACCGUCAUAUUCCGAUCGAGCGACGUGAGGACCAUAUGGUGCCAAAUUUUUGAAACGGCACAAGGCACUCGGCUCAAGAGGAACCUUCCACCCCUCUCGUAUCCUGCAACCACAGUGCCUUUGGUUCAUACGUUUAAUAUGCUCGGCCUCACCCAUCGUGCCGUUCAGUUCUUGUUGAACCACUUGCCCCAACCGGAUAAGGAGACACCAUUCAAGGAGCUCCCGCUCAGGAAAGAGAUUCAGUGUGACAAUGAGAGUGGGUUUGAGUCGGGUUGUGCCCGGACAGAGGGGUACACGGGACGAAAACCCUUUGACAUGUUUGGCUGGUUGGCUUCUAAACACAGAAAACCGUUGGAAAAGAUGCCCUCGAUGGGGGAGGAGAUUUGGAAGCCUAUCGGCAUCCCAUUGAUACAACGAUACCGAAAUUUAAAGGAGCGGACAGAAAAAACAUUGGUGGUGAUGUGGUCCAUAAUUCAUGGGAGGGGACUCUACACGCGGAGGGACAUUGACAGGGGGGACAUAAUUAUUGAAUAUGCUGGAGAGGUCAUUCGCUCCCCAGUGUGCGAUCAGAGGGAAAAGUUUUAUGAAACCAAGGGGAUUGGAUGUUACAUGUUCCGGAUCGAUGAUGAACACAUUAUUGAUGCAACUAUGAAAGGAAAUGCUGCCCGAUUUAUUAACCAUUCAUGCGAACCAAACUGCGAGUCUAAACCUCUUCGGAUGUCCGGGGCCGAACGUAUUGUGAUUUUAGCGCUUCGUAAAAUAUUUAGUGGGGAGGAACUCACGUAUGACUACAAGUUUGAAAAGGAAGAGAACAAAAUACCUUGCGCGUGUGGUUCCAGAAAGUGUAGAAAGUAUCUCAAUUAAGGAUAAAUAAUUUGUAAUUAUUAUUAUUCCCAAAAGAAUACUGACACCAUGUGUUCCAAAACAUGAUCUAACUUGUCUUUCUGUAAUAUACUUAACUCCUAUUUUAUUAGGUAUGGUAAAUAUCUAUGAUGCGAUUACGAUGCGAUUACGAUAAUUAUUAUAUCAGUGUUUUUUGUUGCAAUGCAUAAUUUCACUCAUCAUCACGAUUUACUAUCAAUAAGAAUGAAUUUUUAAACUUCAUGACCAACAUUUUACUAACUUUUUAUACGAUGAUUAUAUACAGGCUGUGAUAUAACAAAUGUAAGAGUUUAUUUAUAUGGCUGUCUACAUUAUUUUAUUUUAUACUACGUUUUUCACUAGUUAGAUAGAACAUCUAAAUAUUUAAUUUUUAUUGAAUAUUAAAUCAUACUUAGUAUUUCGCGUUCAGUUCCAUAGGAUAAUAUUUGUAAAAGAGUCGGAGAAUGACGAGCAAGAACAAAUAUUUAUAUUACAGAUUCAAUCUGAAGAUACAAUGUAUCUACAGGUUAAACUUAUAUGUGAUGAUUUGACCCUUCGGAGCAAUUCUAUACCCCUCUCUCAGCAUGAAAUAAAUGUAUUAAAUAAACGAAUUAAAAUCAA